AUGCCGGCUUUGUCUACUACUCCGACACUGGACCUCGGUGAGGCCUCUCCUAUGAAGGCGCCUCCCGUCGUUGGACCAAAGACCAAAAAGGCCACUCGUCCAAACACAGCCAUUCCCAGCUUUCUCAUUGAGGAGGCGCAGGCCACACCCACAGAUACCUGGGAGGUCCAAAGACACAUGGCCUUUGAGCCUCCGGCAACGAUUACCACCAUGAAGGAGAUUGGGCUUGAAGGGCAGGGAAUUUCUCCCAACGCCGUCUCCGCCCCCUUCUCGCUGUUUACCAAAGAAGCAGUGUUGCAGAUGAGACGGGAAAUCUUUAGCGAGCCCGUCCUCAACGAGUGUCGCUACAGCUCAGACUUUAUCGCCAACAUGAUUCGUGGCAUGGGCCGCGACCGAGCCCCGUUUACAUACCAAGCCUGGAGCUCGCCGGAGGUACUCGACAAGAUUUCCCAAGUAGCGGGCGUGGAGCUGGUCCCGGCAUACGACUACGAGAUUGCCAACAUCAACAUCUGCGUCAACGACGACCCGGAGGCGGCAGUCGACCCCGACCCCUGCGCCGAUCACGUCUCUGCAGUGGCCUGGCACUACGACAGCUUCCCGUUUGUCUGCGUGACCAUGGUUUCCGACUGCGCGAGCAUGGUGGGCGGCGAGACGGCCAUCCAACUGCCGGACGGCACGGUCCAAAAGGUCCGCGGGCCGAGCAUGGGCACCGCCGUCGUCAUGCAAGGGCGAUACAUCUACCACCAGGCGCUGAGGGCGUACGGGUGCCGCGAGCGCAUAGCCAUGGUGACUCCCUUUCGGCCGAGGUCGCCGCUGGUCAGGGACGAGACGAUUCUUACUGGUGUGAGGGGCAUUAGCAACCUUGAUGAGCUGUAUCCGCAGUACGCCGAGUAUCGAUUCGGCGUGCUUGAGGAGCGUUUUCGUGAGAGGCGCAGGGAUGAGCGGUGCCGAAGGGGCGCGGGUCGCUGCUUUGACCUUGAGUCUGCAAGAGCCUUUAUCCGGGAACAGAAGGAAUAUUUGGAGAGCAUGCUGGAGCAGAUGUACGAGGUGGAGUAG